UGCAUGCAGGUGAAAGAAGAGCUGCGAUCGCUCUCAAAGAUUGCGUGUCCCAUAACAAUGACAGGCCUAAUGAUGUAUUCUCGGUCAAUUAUCUCAAUGCUUUUCCUUGGUCGACAAGGAAAAGCAGAGCUAGCUGGCGGUUGCCUAGCGCUUGGUUUCGCCAACAUCACCGGAAAUUCCAUUCUCAAAGGCCUAACAAUGGGAAUGGAUCCACUUUGUUGUCAAGCAUAUGGAGCAAAAAGAUGGUCAGUUCUAAACCAAACACUUUUCAGAACACUCUCUCUCCUCCUACUAGUUUCAAUUCCAAUUUCGCUUUUAUGGCUAAACAUGGAACCACUCCUUCAAUUACUAGGUCAAGACCCUAGUGUCACAAAAGUUGCACAAAUUUACAUGCUCUACUCAAUUCCUGAACUAUUAGCUCAAUCUUUUCUCAAUCCAUUAAGAACUUUCUUAAGAACUCAAGGCUUAACAACACCAAUUACUAUGAUUGCAUCAAUUGCAGCACUAUUACACCUACCAAUAAAUUAUUUCCUAGCUACAUACUUAAAAUUAGGUGUAAAGGGUAUUGCAUUAGCCACCGGAAUGAAUUCAAUAAACAUAACAUUAGGAUUGUUGGUUUAUAUUGUUUUCUCAAAUAAACCACUUAAGCCAUGGCAAGGUGUUAAUAUAUUUGACUCAAUUUUUCAUGGUUGGAAACCAUUGCUUAGCCUUGCAAUUCCUAGUUGCCUUUCAGUUUGUUUAGAAUGGUGGUGGUAUGAAAUAAUGCUAUUUCUUUGUGGUUUAUUAAGUAACCCUCAAACUUCGGUUUCUACAAUGGGGAUACUUAUUCAAACACUUGGUUUUCUGUAUAUCUUUCCAUAUUCACUUAGUGCAUCUUUGACAACAAGAAUCGGUCAUUCGUUAGGGUCAGGACAGGCCUCUCGAGCACAAGGAACAGCUAUAAUUGGAAUUUUGGUCGCAUUUUUACUUGGAGUUUCGGCUUUUAUUGGAUCGAUUUUAGUGAGGAAAAAUUGGGGGAAAUUAUUUACCAACGAGGUACAAAUUAUUGAUAUGAUAAGAAAAGUACUUCCGAUUUUAGGGUUAUGUGAAAUUAGCAAUUGGGCACAAACGGUAUCGUGUGGGAUUUUAGCUGGCACCGCACGUCCUUAUGUUGGUGCUAGGAUUAAUUUGUGUGCAUUUUAUUUAAUUGGGUUACCGGUUUCAAUUUUCGCUUCAUUUGUGUACAAAUUUGAAUUGGUUGGUUUGUGGUGUGGAAUGUUGGCAGCACAAGUUUCUUGUUUUUGUAUGAUGGUGUAUACAUUGAUUCAAACUGAUUGGGAGCAACAAACUAGAAGGGCAUUGGAGUUGGCUAAAACAUCAACGGAGCAAGAAAGCGUAAUCGAUGAGGAAAGUGUAUUGCUUGAUUCUCUUUAAGUGAAUGUUUAGAUCUGCGUUUGAAAGUU